CAAAUAGGAUCGGUACAAACUUUAAAGCUCCUAGUACGCUUCUAGUAAUGGCAAAGUAGCUUCGAGUGUCACUUAGAAGUAGCCUUUACUGUUCACUUCGAGGCAAAAGCAACGUGGGUAUCUGUCAAUGGAGAUGGCAUGGGAAUCUUCACUGUUCACUGACUGACAUGACGCGCGUAAAUCUACAUGUGUGCUGCGCUGUGUGUUGUGUCGUCCUUUGUUUGUUUCCCGGCACGUUUUUUUUUUUUUAAAUCGCUUUUAAAGUGUGAAUUUACGUACUCCUUGUUAUUAUUAUUUAUGAGAUCCUUCAGUGCUAACAUACUGCUCCAGGAUCGUCUGGGACGAACAACAAUCGGGGAAGCACCCGGAACAGAAGAACCUCAAGGAACAGGACAGAGACACCCAUGCACAAGCAAGUGUGAAAAACCAGGCUUCAGUUCAGGACCAGGGGUGUUUACUUCUCAUUAAACAAGAUCCAAGCGAUACCUGCGUGUUUGAGUUGUCGAGUCCCAGCCCUAUGGAUCCGCAGCUGCAAGAGAUGCUGCUGGCCCCAAAGUGCAGUGUUCGGCUUUCGAGAGUAAAACUGGAACCUCCUGACGCUGCAUGUCUACACGAACAGGGCCAGAUACAGGAACAGUACUGCAGCGAGUCUCCAUUAAGAAGCGAUAGUUACGGAGUGACAGCUGGGACGUGUGACGUUAAAGAAGAACCUCGAGAGGAAUCUUCAAAGGAACAUGCAAUAGUAGAAGUCAAAACGGAGCCUUAUAACGUUGCAAUCUUGACUGGACCGGACCAUAUAGUACACAGCUGUGAUUCAACAUCAGAAGGCAUGACAGCUGGGAUAUGUGACGUUAAAGAAGACCGUCAAGAGGACACUUCGAAUGAACAUCCAAUCAUAGAAGUCAAGACAGAGCCUUAUGACGUUGCCGUCUUGACAGAACAGGACCAGAUGGGACACAACUGUGGUUCAAGAUCAGAAGCAGCAAGAGAGAGUCCCACUACUCCUCCAUCGGAUGCUCAGAUGGGAGAGACGGGUAUUGGGUGCGACAUCUGUUCCUCUGUUCCUGGGUUCUCAUGGUCUGGGAGUGACGAGAACCACGUGUCGAAGCAUACAGACGAGAAGCCAUGCAAGUCCAAUCUCUGUUCUGCACAGUUCCGGCGGAGCACGAGCCCAUGGUGUCACAAGCGAGCACAUACGGGCAAGAAGCCGCACAAGAGUGAUCUCCGCCUUGCGGAGUUCAGCCAGAUUGCGCACCUGCAGCUGCGGAAACGAGCACACACAGACAAAAACCGAUACAAGUGUGAUGUCUACCCUGCGCAGUUCAGCCAGAGCCGCCACCUACAGUAUCACAGGCGGACACACACGGGUGCUAAGCCAUACAAGUGCGAUGUCUGCCCUGCAGAGUUCAGCCAGAGCGGGAACCUACACCAGCACAAGCGGACACACACGGGCGAGAAGCCAUACAAGUGCGAUGUCUGCCCUGCAGCGUUCAGCAGGAGCGGGAACCUACAGCAGCACAAGCGUACACAUACGGGCGAAAAGCCGUAUAAGUGCAAUGUCUGCCCUGCACAGUUCAGCACGAGUGUCCAGCUACAGUAUCACAGGCGGACACACACGGGCGAGAAGCCAUACAAGUGCGAUGUCUGCGCGGCAGGGUUCAGCCGGAGUGGGAGCCUACAGCGUCACAGCCGGACACACACGGGUGAGAAGCCAUACAAGUGCGAUGUCUGCCCUGCAGAGUUCAGCCAGAGUGGGAACCUACACCAGCACAAGAGGACACACACGGGCGAGAAGCCAUACAAGUGCGUUGUCUGCGCAGCAGGGUUCAGCCGGAGUGGGAGCCUACAGUAUCACAGGCGGACACACACGGGUGAGAAGCCAUACAAGUGCGAUGUCUGCCCUGCAGAGUUCAGACAGAGCGGGAACCUACACCAGCACAAGCUGACACACACGGGCGAGAAGCCGUACAAGUGCGAUGUCUGCGCUGCACAGUUCAGCACGAGUCUCCAGCUACGGUAUCACAGGCGGACACACACGGGUGCGAAGCCAUACAAGUGCGAUGUCUGCCCUGCAGAGUUCAGCCAGAGCGGGAACCUACACCAGCACAAGUGGACACACACGGGUGAGAAGCCGUACAAGUGCGAUGUCUGCCCUGCACAGUUCAACACGAGUGUCCACCUACAGCAGCACAAGCGUACACAUACGGGCGAAAAGCCAUACAAGUGUGAUGUCUGCCCUGCAGAGUUCAGCCAGAGCGGGAACCUACACCAGCACAAGCAGAUACACACGGGCGAGAAGCCAUACAAGUGCGAUGUCUGCCCUGCAGAGUUCAGCAGGAGCGGGAACCUACAGCAGCACAAGCGUACACAUACGGGCGAAAAGCCAUACAAGUGCGAUGUCUGCCCUGCAGAGUUCAGCCAGAGCGGGAACCUACACCAGCACAAGUGGACACACACACACGGACGGGCGAGGAGCCGUACCAGUGCGAUGUUUAUCCUGCCGAGUUGAGCAAGAGCACGGAGCUGUGGAACCACAAGUGCAGGCACGAGGGCGAGAAGCCAUACAAGCGCGAUGUCUCUCCUGCAGACUUCAGCCAGAACACAAGUACGUCUUUUUAUGAGGGAAAACGCACGUGUAAGAAGCUGUACGAGUGCAGUCCCCUCUCUUGCAAAGUUCAGCCAUGGCAAUGAUCUUGCGGCACUAUGUGCAGGGGAGAAGCCAUACACAAGUGCCAUGUCUACCGUGCAGAGUCCAGCCAGAACACAAAUCUGAACAAUUAUAAAUGCGCACACACGGGCCAGAAGCCAUACAGGUGCGAGUUCUGACCUGCAGGGUCACCCACAGAACGAAUUGCGAUGUCACAAGCAGACACAUAUGACAGAGGAUCCCUACAAGUGGGAUGUGCGUCUUGCAGAGUUCAGCCACAGCGUGGGCCUGUGGCAUCACAAGUAGACAGACAGACAGAUAUGUGAAACUAUACAGAAGUAUUCUCUGUUCUACAAACUUGGCAUAGCAUUCCGCAUGCUGACUCCACUAAUAUAUCUGAAAUGUCGUGCCGCAAUAGAGUUGAAUUGCACAGAAACUUUGAAGAUCCCUUGCUCCCAUUGCACCACGCUUAAAGUUGAAUGGAAUCAAUUACUGCGUAUAGUACCUUCCAAGGGGGAUGUGUUUAUUAAAGAACAGAUGAAGAUAACAAACAACAUA